AUGGACUGGUCCCAAUCAGUGAUGCCUCAUCCCAAACCAUCCCCCAAGUUCCCCUCUCAACGCGUCCAUCCCAUCGCCCCAAACCCUCAUCCCAAACCAUCCCCCCGAAGCCCUCAUAUCAACAAGUCCAUCCCAUCGCCAAAAGCCCUCAUCCCAAACCAUCCCCCUAAGCCCCCAUCUCAACGAGUCCAUCCUAUCGCCCCAAGCCCUCAUCCCAAACCCGCCCCCUUAGCCCCCAUCUCAACGAGUCCAUCCCAUCGCCCCAAGCCCUCAUCCCAAACCCGCCCCCUUAGCCCCCAUCUCAACGAGUCCAUCCCAUCGCCCCAAGCCCUCAUCCCAAACCAACCCCCCAAGCCCACAUCUCAAAUAGCCCAGCCCAUCACCAAAGUCCUCAUCCCAACUCCUCCAGCCCAUCACCAAAACCAUCACCCUAAGCCCUCAUCCUAA